GGGGGAGUAAUUAUCGCGCUUUACGCCGCUCGGAAAUGCGAAGCGUUUAAUUAGUAAUUGUAUGUCGGGCGGAGGCGAUUAAGGCCUCUGGGCCUUCCUGGAGCUGCGAAUGGCGAGCCACCGGGCCAGCGGUGAGUGUCGGAUGGACCUGGCGGAGACUAUGAAAAGCAUCGUGGCUAAGGGAAUGCAAACGGAGAUGGGUCCUCCUGCCGGUAGUUCUGGUUAUCCGGGCAGCGCCAGCGGCGCUGGCUAUGUCACGGAGAAGAUGUACAUGCUGCUGCAAUUGUAUCUCCAAAACAAGGGAUGGAAUUCGAGCAUAGAGCUGCUGCAGUGCUUCACCGAAUUGAAAGAGGCCUCAUUACUCCCCAGCGCCACGUACCUGCAAAUGAUGGCAUCGAGGGUAGCGCUGGAUUCUCAAGGGCGACUGGUCCUCCGAGAGAAUGGGAAGAUAAUCCUUCCGUAUGAACACUUUGCAAACGCUGUCAUGCUGAAACACAUGAAUGGCCCGCACGGAUUGCACUUGGGAUUGGAGGGAACCGUCAGGGCAGUCAUGGAGUCCUAUACCAUUGGCAGAGAAUGCUUCGGAAUGGAGAAGGAAUUCAUCGUAGAAGUAGUCCAGAACUGUCCCAAUCCUGCGUGCCGUUACUACAAGAAUCAGCUGGAACUCACGCAGAAAAUGGGCCACAUGGCUCCGACUUACAUCCAGGACAACGAAGCGACUGCUUCCUUUUUGAGAUCUAGCUUCCCUCAUAGCACGGAUUUCCAAGCAGCAAUGACAGGAGGUGGACCGAACACGCACAUGGCUGGAGGCACCGCAGACCUCACCGACGCUCGAGGUGGUGGUAACCAGAUGAGUCUCCAGCGUCCUCCCAGUCGACCAUCCUUAAAUAUUCCCCAUCGGCCUGCAUCCCAAGAAAAGAAGCCUUCCAGCAAGCCUCACUACGAGAAUCCCAUAUCAUCGGUGCCAGUGUCCGACCACAAGUUGACGGAUUUCCUUCGCUCCAACCUAGACAACUUCGAAGGCCUCAGCGGACUGAGUCUGGGGAACCUCCAGGGCCUAGGGAACGCCAACAAGGACCUCCUAGCUUUACACAAUGGUGCUUGGUCUCUUGACAACGACAAAGGCUCUAGGUCCUCUUCGUCCAGCUCAGAAGGAGGUCAAGAGAAGAUAGUCAGGGCUUUCGCAGAAGUCAUGAAGAACAUGGCGAGGAUGAAGGCCUGCGUGCGUCCAGCAAUGUGCAAGCCCUAUGGGAAGCAGUCGGAAGCCCUGCAGAAAACUCUGGUCGACACGAUACAGCUCGUUCAGUCUCUUAGGAGUUUCUUGCCUCCGCCACACAUCCCGGUCUCCAGCUGGAAGAACGAGGACAAGCAUCGAUUAGAGCACACCGGGACUCCCUAUCUGCCUGCGAUUCUUUAAAUGGCUAAAGAAAAAUUGGCCGCAUCAGAUUGAGGAUUAAGUACUGCAUGGAGGGAAAAGUAAUCGACAGUUUGUCCCCAAAAGGAAGAAAGCUCAGGGUGCGAAGUACUGCGAGGUGUGAUAGUCAUACAUGCUCAAAGAGAUGUGCAGGCGAAUGAUCGAGAAGGUCGAUGCCUGUUACUAAGCGAGACAAAAGUGUAUAAAAAGUGGCCAGACGUUGAAAGGACUUAUUUGACAGCCUUUCAACGCAGAAAGUGAGGUUAUGAGUACGAGCCUAAGUACCUUGACCAGCUGAGAAACGAUCGAUAGACUUGAAAACGAGGAAAGGCGGACUUAGAGGACGGUUCCUCGUGAUAUCUAAAAUUUUGGACGGAGUAAGGGAAUGUCGAUUAACGAGAUAUCUCUGUUUAACGCGAAUGCAGGAAAACGGGAGGAAGCCUGGAGGAGAUGUGUGAGCAGCGGAAGAUGGACUAAGGAAGCUGAAUAAAAAAGAAAAGAAAAGAAAAAAAAAUAAGAGAGUCCUCUCCAACAGUGUUCUAGUCAGCAAGGGAGAUUUUUCCUCGUUGGUGUUUUUUUUUAUUUUUUUUUUUCUCGGGAACUAGACUUAAGGAAACCGAAGGUUUGCUCAAAGAAGACGGGAGGAAGGAAAACGACGACGAAGAUGAGGUAGACGACACACAAGAAGAAGGGACGUUGGCGUUUAGGACUUUGCACGGGGCGGGAAACAAGAAACAAGAAACGAGAGAGAAACAAAGGAAAAAAAGGAAGAAGAAGAAGAAGGAAAAACGAGUCAUGCGUGGACUGUGAUAAACGUGGACUAGGUUAAGGAUCGACAAAUUAUUAAUAAUUAUUAUUAAAGCGGCAGGACUCGCGUCGUCCUGGGAACCUCUCUCUUUCUUUCCCCAGCGCUGCGACUCGACUUUCGUUUGCGUUUUCGAAAAAGAGGGAAGAAGGAAAAGGAUUAAAAGGAAAAAAAAGAGAGAAAAAAAAAAACAGGAGAGGAGAUAAAAAUCGUCGACGAUUAGGCGCCGCGCCGACAGAGAAGAAAAAGAUGUAUCCUGUCCGUUAAUUAUCAACUCAUCGUCCUUGUUCCUUCGCCGGUCGCGAUCUCGCUCUUCGCCAAAGAGAGGACGAGAGUGGAAACCAAAAAGUAAAUAUAUACAUAUGUAUAAAUAAAAUGUAUGUAUAUAUUAUAUAUAUGUAAAUUCGAUUAACAAUGCGAAAUCGUCCCCGGCGAAUUGAACGGCCUUCCGGUCGCGGGUGCGCUCAAGGCGGAGGAAGAAAAAAAAGAAAAAUGUAAUUCUCGCGUUAUUAAUCGUUCUUUUCUUUUUUUUCUUUUUCUUUGGUAAGUUCCUUUUCCACUCGAACGACAAAUUCUCGGCCUACUCGGGACAGUGCAAAAGAAAGAAAGGAAGGAAAUCCGAGACACCCGCGAGCGCCAUUUUUCGACGGAAUUUCUUUUAUAAGGCGCGGGCGCACGUUUCGGCAGAGAGACUUUUUCGGCCAUUACCACUCACACAGACACACGUAUAUAUAUACAUAUAUAUACGGAAAAAAAAAAUUAUAAAUAAAUAGGUAUAUAUAUGUAUAUGUAUUUAUUUAUCGCGUUCUCGUGCUCUCCCUCUUCAUCAGGUACUUCUUCUGGUAUCGGAUCGUCCCCUGAGGGUUUCUCGGAUUUUUUCCACACACUCCUGAAUGAUUCGUGACAAUUUAUACACAUCCUUUUUUUUAUCAGUGCACUUUUGACCGCGAGAAAAAAAAUUCACGCCACUCAGGGGACGAUCUCUUAUAUACAUGGCUGCUGCAAUAUUAUUGGUAAUUCAUUAAUUGUUAUACCCGCGUUAUCCCCGCCCUCGUCGUAGCUACAUGUGCGAACUGUAUACAAGAAGAAAAUGCGAGAAAAGGGUAUAAAAAAGAAGAGAAAAAAAAAAUCAAAGCGAAUAAGAAGAGACGCCUUGCUGUCAAAGUUUCUGCGGCGAUCGGCGAUUUCGCGGGAAAUUUCUCUCUUUGUAUUGAGAAAGAAGGAAAAGAAAAAUAUAAAGUAAAGGCAGUUCUCGCAUUUGCGAGUUAAUCGGCACUUAGGCGAUAUUUCGCGAUAAUUUGUGAUAAGAGAGAUUUAGGUAAUCAAAUUAGUACACAGAGAACUGUACCGCAAGUGUUCGUACUUGACGGGGAAAAGGUCUUAAUUUUUCAAGAUUUCUUUUCAUUGUUCUUCCUUCUUUUUUUUUUUUAUACGAACGAAAAGAGACGAGGCGAAGAAUUAGGAGGGAUUUUUUCUUUUUUUUUCCCCCCAAAGAAAUUAAUGGAAAUGGAAGAAUUCAAGUAUAUCGCUUAUCAGCCGGAGAAAAGGUUUGACAGUAAGUCGAAUUGUAAUCGAUCGAUCGAACCCCCCCUCCUCCCCCCCGUAACUGAUAAGGACAAAACGACUCUCUGUACACGCGCCGUCGCAUUUACCCGCAAUGUUUGCACACUAAACUCGUAUUGCUUGCCAGUAUCGCCCUCUUUCUCUCUCUUUCUCUUACUGUCUCUCUGUACUCCUGCGUAACGAACUCGUGAUAACGAUUAUUAAACCAUUUACAAGUGUGA